ACUUUUAUUGGUUAUCACUAUAACGUUGACCUUGCUGCUUUAAAUGUCUUUAAAUCUUAAUGUACCUAGUACCAGUACUAUAUUCGUAUCGUCCAUAAACAAGUCCUAUAAACAUUCUCGAUAAUUGUAGAUUUCCAUAAAAGAAUUUAAAUUGCUGGUUUAUUGAUAAUAAUAAUAAGUAAAAUGGAAUUUAAUUUUAAAGGAAAAAGAGCUCUAGUAACAGGAGCCAGCCAAGGUAUUGGUCGUGAAGUUGCCAAAAAACUAGCAUUAUUAGGUGCAAAAGUCACUGCCCUAGCAAGAAACAAAGAUCAUUUGACAUCGUUAAAAAAAGAAGUUUGUUCUAUCGAUAUCUAUCCCGUGGACUUAUCUAACUGGAAGGAAACUGAAGAAGUUCUUAAAAAAGUUGGAGAUAUAGAUCUAUUGGUUAAUAACGCUGGUCUUGCCAUCUUGGGACCGUUAACCGAAGUAAGCGAAGACGAUAUCGAUAAGGUUUUUAACAUUAACGUCAAAGCAGUAAUUAAUCUUACCAAAUACGCCGUACAGAACCUGCUAAGUAGAAAUGUAAAAGGCUCAAUUGUCAACGUUUCAUCUCAAGCCUCCGUAGUUGGGUUAGACAACCAUACAGUUUACUGUGCAUCUAAAGGUGCCGUUGAUGCAUUUACCAGAGCAGCAGCCUUAGAAUAUGGUCCCAAAGGUAUCAGGGUAAAUAACGUAAACCCAACUGUAAUUUUGACAGACAUGGGUAAGUUGGGUUGGUCCGAUCCAGCAGUUGCCGAACCUAUGCUGGCAAAAAUUCCUCUAAGAAGAUUUGGGGAAGUGGACGAAGUUGUUAAUUCUAUAAUAUUUCUAUUAAGUGAUCUAUCUUCUAUGACAACCGGAUCAAAUAUCUAUAUAGAUGGAGGAUACGUUGCAAUUUAAAUCAAAAUUAUUUUUUAUUUACACCGUUAAUUUUAAAUCUUAAAUAUUUGUUGUUCAAUAUUAGUUGGCUACAAUAAAAAUAUCUGUUUUGGUA